ACUGCGGGCUCGAGCUGCCACCUGCCUCGCCGCAAGGGAGAGGCGAGCGCUCGGACCGCAGGCACUAGCCUUAGGGCCCUCGCCGCUCCUGCCUCUGCUCGCUGCGUGCCCGCGGCAGCCCCGUUCUCCAGCCGCGGCCAAGGGCGCCGGCGAGAUGGUUUGCGGCGGCUUCACCUGCUCCAAGAACUGCCUGUGCGCCCUCAACCUGCUCUACACGCUGGUCAGCCUGCUGCUGAUUGGAAUUGCAGCAUGGGGUAUAGGCUUUGGCCUCAUUUCUAGUUUCCGAGUAGUUGGCGUGGCAAUUGCAGUGGGGAUCUUUCUGUUCCUUAUUGCUUUGGUUGGAUUGAUCGGUGCAGUCAAACACCAUCAGGUGUUACUCUUCUUUUACAUGAUUAUUCUCUUGCUAGUAUUCAUUGUCCAGUUUUCAGUCUCCUGUGCUUGUCUGGCAUUGAACAAAGAUCAGCAGCGCCAACUUCUAGAGGUUGGAUGGAACAACACAAAGAGUGCUAGAGAAGAUAUUGAGAGGAAUCUAAACUGUUGUGGUUUCAGAAACUUCAAUUCAAGUGAAACCUGCUCUGCUGCUUGCGUUAAAGCUAAUGACUGUUCAACAUGUGCAUCUAUAAUAGAAGAAUAUUCAGGAAUGGUACUGAGAUUUGUAGGUGGCAUAGGACUCUUCUUCAGUUUCACUGAGAUUUUGGGAGUUUGGCUGACUUAUAGAUACAGGAACCAAAAAGAUUCUCGUGCAAACCCUAGUGCAUUUCUUUGAUUGGAAAAUUUCUCAAGGACUGAAUCUUUUUCCAGUUAAAAUAUGAAUUCUCUAGCAAUUGGCACUUCUGCAUGCUAAGGAUCUGAAAGAAAAUUAUUUUCCUACAUGGAGAUGUUUGUGCUUGUCAUCUUUGGUUUCCCAAUCUUCACCUCUGCGUUCUCUGUCUGGAAAUAGAUAUAUCUAUUCUGUAGCUGAACAGAAUCUGAACAGUUCGGAGAUGGUUAAAUAAGUGUUAGAUCACAACAAUUGCUGAAGUCUACUGUUGCAAGUUAAUUUUAUUGCCUUUCUUAAUGGGUUUUUUUUUUUUUUUUUUAAACUCCAACCAAACAACAAAAAAUACAACCAACAUAUAUUCUGACAUUACCACUUUCUUGUGUGGCUUUUGUUGUUUUUUUACAAAAAACCACAUACUUUUUCAUUAAAAUGAUGCAGCUGUAUGUUGAAUGCCGGUAGGGUGAAAUACAGUAAAUUUGUUUUUCUGUUGAAUCAAUUCCCAUUCUGCUGUUUGGGUUAAAAAAUAAUAUAGAGAACAUCUGAAAUAUUAAAACUUAUCAACCCUUUAUUUCUUUUUCUUUAGAUAAAUUCAAGAUACCAUUUUAGAUCAUGGAUAUAAACAUAUGUUAACUGACUUCUGUAGGGUUUAGUUUUGACAUCUUUAGAAUUGCAUAUAAAGAGAAUAAAAACUUUUUUUCAUUUUUGUAUCUAAGCAAUUGAGAAUAAUAAUGAAUGAAGAAAACUAUGAAAAUUAACCUAUUGAUACUAAUUUUAAAAGUACUUUUAAAAAAGGAAAAACUUUCUUGAUAGGUGAAUGAACCUGGAACGAACACAAUAUCAGAAAUGGUAUUGAUCCAUUUUGUUAGUGUAACAAAUUUUGAUUUGAUGUCCAAAGAUUUCUUACAAAACUAUUUUUACAGGUAGUUUAAAUUCAUUGUUGUAAUAACUUGUAAAAGUGUGAUACUGACAUUCAUUGUCAAACCUGACCCACCUUCAUCCUUCAGUAUCUAUUUAAAAUACUUGAUUUGAAAUGUAAUUUGUAAAAAUAUCAUUGGCAUUUUUGGUAGCUUAAAAAUAAUAAUAAAAUAGUUCUUGUACAUGAAUGCUCUCUAAAACUUCAGGAGAAAUCCCUGUCCUUGACGAAGUUGUUCAUAUGCUAAAAUAGACUACACAUUAUAGACAACUGAUACACUACACUGCAGACACAUGAUUAGAAGACAUAAUCUUUGAGGUGGAUGAUGUGUUUUUUAGCAUGCACUCUUCUCUGAAUUAUAAUUAAAUGUUGUCAUGUCUUCAAUGAAGGAUUUCAGUAGAGCUGCCCCUCUUGGCUGAAAUUCCUCCUCUUCUCCUUGUAUGACACUCAACAUGAAAAACUGGGAAGAUGCCCCAAAACAAUAUUUAGGAGAGCAGCUACAGAAGAGCGCAGGCAGCACAGGUUAGAGAGUAUGAGGAAACAGGUAUAAUGUAGGUUGGGGUGGGAUUUUGAAGGGCCUUCACUGAAUAGGAGAUAACUGAACUUAGUAUAGUAAGCAGGUGCUCAGGUACAGAGGUGAUGAGACCCAUAUAGGCAGCUGUAUGCUCAGUUUUUUCUAAACUGAGAUUGCAUAAGGAUAUCUAGGGGGAGAUUUGAGAUGGGACAGAACAGAGAAGCAUUAAGAACUUCAUGUACAGAGCUGCAGAGAAGUUAUUUUGCAGUAUACAAGAGUUUUUUUUAUUCAUUCUACAGAACCCAGCACUGUGGCUACAUAUACUUGAGUGCUGUCUGACAUUUUAUCUAUUAGCUCAGGGGUGUGUGUGUGUGUGGUGGUGGGGGGGGGGUGCAUGCGCAUACUUAAAGGCAAACCUCUCUUUUUAUAAAGCACUCCAGUAACAAGGUGGAAACAGUUGUUUCUCACUCAGGCAUUGGCACCUGACAGAAGGUGGAAACAAGUGGCUUUGGGAGUCCUAUUAUGCAAAAGCAGCAUUAUAAGUUAAUAAGAUACUGUCAAGAAGUGCUUACAAUCUAAGGGUCAGUUUACACUAGGAAAAUGGCAGCAAAGCCCUCUUUCAGCUGGUACUAAACUGUUUUUGGCUUAGCUACAGCAAUAGCACAACCAUUUUAAUAGCCAUCAGCUGACUCCCCUCUGAAGUGCUGUUUUGCAGCAACAGGUUAAUUUCCUUAUGUAGCCAGACUCCAUAUUUUAGAGAGAACAUAACUAGUAAUAAAUGAGAGGAAUGCUGGGAAUGUGAAGGUUACAAUAAAAUUAUGUAGUUGCUCCCAUUUGUGAUAGAAUUGUAAAAAAACAUUCUUCAUGGUAGUGCUUUAAGUAAUGUUGCUUGCUCUUGUUGUAUUCUUCCAUAACUGUGGUGACUGAAACCCUGUAAUGAAGGUUUCCUGAGAGACUAGCAAUUUGUCAAAUCAUGAGACUUUAUCACAAGA